CAACCUCUUGAGGGCGUACUUUGGUCGGAUCGAGCGAAUUGGCCGUAUUCGACGGGAGGUACAUGUAGUUAAAACAACUUGCGAAUUACUGAAUUACAUCGAUGAACAUAGUUAUGUCUGCACAAUGAGAUAUUAACUGGAAAGCCACGAGUAUGUCUUCAAGGUAUGCAGAUGUCCUAGACCAGUGUCGUGUGGCACUGGUCAAAGAUCUUAAUCCAGAUGAUGUCAUGGACUACUUGAUAGCCGACAGAGUCCUCGUUCCCGACGACAAGGAGAGAGUGGAUGCCAGGAGCACGCGCAGGGAGAAAGUGCGUGAGCUCUUGGACUUGCUGGCCCGCCGAGGUGACAGAGCCUUCAUAACCUUCAUGGCUGCAUUGAAGGACCUGGAUUCCGGGCACAACCACCUGUACGAACUGUUGCAGAGGAAGCUGGAAGAUUGGGAACAUCAGGCUGAACCCAUGCGUUUGGAGCAGCAACAGCAAACUACACUAUAUCCUGUUGAGCCCAGGCAACCCGUCAAGUGCACCGAACAAAAUCACGGUGAUUUUACAGACUCGAAACAGGGCUUCUGUUCGAAGCCUCAGCAAUCCCAAGUUCCCAGCCAUGACCUUGCUGAGUGGGGUCGCAACCAUCCAAAGAGCCCCAACAUGAUCCCCUCAGAAAAGCUCCUGAGUCAGCUGGCCGGCAACUUGGGCCAGGACUGGGAGCAGCUAGGGAGCCUGCUGGGGUUGAAAGACAGCGACAUGUACCGCUGCAAGGUAGAGAACCAGUUCAACCUCUGGGGCCAGAUCAACAGUGCCCUGCUCAAGUGGAAGAACCGGGAGUACAAGGAUGCCACCAUUCUGAGACUCGUCACGGCCCUGAAGCAGUGUAACGUCGGACGGGAGAAGUAUGAAUUCCUGAUGAAUGCAUGAACUGUGUAUAUAUUCAAACUUUCCUCAGUUUUCUUUACUCUACUCCAAGAAAUCAUUAUCAAAAAUUCUAAAUUAUGAGAUUUGUUUCAUGUUUCAUUCUAAGGCCACAUGAAAAAAAAAAUUGGUGAGCGUCCUUUUUAAAAAAAAUCUUGGGGUGGGAGGGUGUUUUUUUUUUUUUCAGUUCAAUAUACUGUACAUCUUUGCUGGAUUGGAAAAUAGUAGAUAUAAAAUAAGCUUCAUUUUAUCUUCUUUGCGAAAGGGGUUGACACAGGCAAGUCAUCACAAAAGGAGAUAGGGGUUGUACAGCUAGGCGAAAAUAAGAGGGUUUUCUCAGAGAGGGUUACGGUGCUGCAGCUCUGUGAAGUGAGAUCAGUAUCUAGGAAUGGCUGCCGCUAAUGAGUAUUGACCCAGCUUGCAGCAGAGGUUGAGGCCGCAUCCGAAUGGCACGCUGUGGCUGCGGCCACAUUGUACAAAGCUAUUGUGGUUGCUGCCUUGCCGGUUGCUCUCUUUUCCACACGUCUACGCGUGCGGCCACAACCGCAGCCAGUAAUUCAGAUGCGGCUUACACAAACACGCUAACGGUUUGGUGAAUCUCAACCUCGUUCCCAUGGGCUCGAUCUUGCCACGACAUGGAAUCAAGGUUAGGUGAAUCUGCACUCUUACAUGUAGAUGUUUGGGAGUAAUCAGCGAUUCCUGGAAGAAUUGUUUCCGAAGCACGUAACAGAAGGUCGCUAAAUUGAAUCUGGGGUCAUCCAGAAGGCUAUUUUUUCCAUUUAUUUCCAAUAAAUAAAAAAUUGGGGCGGGUGUGUUUCUUAGGGCAGGUGGGGACGAUCACCAACUUUUUUUUUAUGUGGUGUAAUUUGUAAAGUAUGUUUCAGCAUGAUGAUUGACAUUUUCACCUGGGCACAAUGAAUUUGGCAAGGUGUGAGUUCUUUGCUCGGUGUUUUGUUGGGCUUCUGACAGUCUACAACAAAUACAGCAUGGCAACUCUCAAGUUAUUGACUGCAGUCCAACCAAGUUGAGAAACACUUGAAUAGUGUCAGGCAUGCUCAUUGGGCUUUUCUGUUUUGUUCGUAUCGGAGGGCAUGCAUGUAAAAAGCAUCCAGAACCCUGAUCAGAAGUUUACAGGCCACAGUGCAAACUGCCGGUAAUCAUGUUGGGAGCACUUUUGUAUAGCAGGUGCAAGGUUACUGCAAUUAAUUGACUGCUUCUGUAGUGCCAAAAUUCUUUGCUCUUGUGAUCGCUGUAUUGAUGUUUUGGUUACAUUUUCUUAUUUAGUCAAUUAAAAUUCACUUUGUGAUAAUACAGGCUUCCUUUCCGAGUGCACUCGUAAGCGAAUGCCUAGAAAAAAUCCUCAAAUAUUUCCAGUCAUGCAAAGAACAAUUGUAGUUUGAAGCUACAGUGGAUAGAUACUAAAAAUGCCUGUGUGGAAAUCAGAAGGCAACAGAGGUUACUGUUUGAUUAAUCAAACCUGUAGCGUAAUUGAGAUGGGAAAGAUGAUUGAUUGAAAAAUUAACAAAAAAAGUGGGCCCACCUGUAAACUAUCUGAGUCUUCUUAUAGAAUACAUGUACUUGAAAUAACUUCAAGCUGUCACAAGUUGUCACAAACAGAUGGUCCUUAUGUCUGUCAGUCAGGAUUGACAAGGGUAAUAUGUUCAGACUGAAUCCAACUGAAAAGGAAUUAUAUUUUCUGCAAGAGCCAGAAAUCAUCUGCUGUUGGGAUUGCUUAAAUUCAGUGACUAAGGUUGGCAAGCAUCAUGUGCACACUUCGCAGAAUUUGUAGAUAUGCUUUGUAAUUGAUUUCACUGGUACCCAUUGCCCUAUCCAAUCACAUGGACUGCUUUGGGAAUCCAGCUGAUUGGAAAAGUGGAAGUGCAUGUGUCAACACAUACACGUGUGCAAAACUUGCUCAUCAAAUGUGCACAUCAUCGGCAGUGUGAAAGUUACCCACAAUGCUUUGUGACAAAUUUGGCAACCCCCCCAAGAAAAUUGGUCCUUGUAGAUCCGCCCUUGCAUGCACUGUAGUUAGCAAGUUUACUAGUGAAGGGCCUUGAAAGUAGUCAAUCAUUAUGAUUCAUUGCUUAACAUCUGUAGCCCAUCAGUGUGUAAUCCUUGAGUUUAAGAGGUAAGCCUUCCUCAACUUUUUUUUCGGUGGCAGAUUAGUUAUAUGCUGUAUACAACUAUGUGAAUAAAUUUACUUCUCCAGGAGUGCUUGGGAGCUUUUUGUCCGACACCUUUACACCUUUUGCAUGUUUUGGGGGAAAUUAAAUAGGGGAACAAACAUGUGCCACUUCGGUUUUGAAUCAUA